AUGAUCUCGAAUGGUAAUUUACAUGUUUUUAUUUUAUUCAUUUCAUUUAUAAUUUUUGCCAAUAAUCAUAAAAUUUCGGCUAAUAAUAUCUAUCGCAGAAAUGACUACGUACCUCAAUCAUUUGUAUUCGAUAAUGAUAAACCAAAAAUUUUAUUCAAACGAGAUAAUUUAUAUUAUGAAUCCAUGGAUGAUAAAAUACCAUCAUCUGCUCUUUGGUCUAUAAUAUAUCGUCCGGAUUAUAUUUCGCCAAAGUCUAAUUUUGGUUUACGGCGUAGUAUAAAUCCUUCAAUGCCAUUUAAGAAACGUAAAAUUCCACUUGAACUUCAAAAAGCAUUAUAUGCUCAUGGAAUUGUUGGUCGUCGACGUUAA